AUGGCACCAGCCAUUGGUAUCGAUUUAGGUACUACCUACUCAUGCGUAGGCAUCUUCCGAGAUGACCGCAUUGAGAUCAUUGCCAAUGAUCAAGGCAACCGAACCACCCCCUCCUUUGUCGCCUUUACCGACACUGAGCGACUCAUUGGUGAUGCCGCCAAGAACCAAGUCGCGAUGAACCCUCAGAACACAGUCUUCGAUGCGAAGCGUCUGAUCGGCCGGAAGUUCGCUGAUCCCGAGGUUCAAGCCGACAUGAAGCACUUCCCCUUCAAGGUCAUCGACAAAGGCGGCAAGCCCGUCAUUCAGGUCGAAUUCAAAGGCGAAGAGAAACAGUUCACACCCGAAGAGAUUUCGUCAAUGGUGCUCACCAAGAUGAGAGAGACUGCCGAGUCAUACCUGGGUGGCACCGUCAACAACGCCGUCGUCACUGUCCCCGCAUAUUUCAACGACUCGCAGCGCCAAGCCACCAAAGACGCAGGUUUGAUCGCCGGUCUCAAUGUCCUCCGUAUCAUCAACGAACCCACUGCUGCCGCCAUCGCCUACGGUCUCGACAAGAAGACUGAGGGUGAACGCAAUGUCCUCAUCUUCGACCUUGGUGGUGGUACCUUUGAUGUUUCCCUCCUUACCAUUGAAGAGGGUAUCUUCGAGGUCAAGUCCACUGCUGGAGACACUCAUCUGGGUGGUGAGGACUUUGACAACCGACUUGUCAACCACUUUGUUUCGGAGUUCAAAAGAAAACAUCGCAAGGAUCUGAGCUCCAAUGCCCGCGCACUCCGACGUCUCCGCACCGCUUGCGAGCGUGCCAAGCGCACUCUCUCGUCUUCCGCCCAAACUUCCAUUGAAAUCGACUCACUGUACGAAGGUAUUGACUUCUACACCUCCAUCACCCGUGCUCGAUUCGAAGAGCUUUGCCAGGACCUCUUCCGAUCCACGAUGGAACCUGUCGAGCGCGUGCUCCGUGAUGCCAAGAUUGACAAAUCUUCCGUCCACGAAAUCGUUUUGGUCGGUGGUUCCACUCGCAUUCCUCGCAUUCAGAAGCUUGUGUCCGACUUCUUCAAUGGCAAGGAACCAAACAAGUCAAUCAACCCCGAUGAGGCUGUCGCCUACGGUGCUGCAGUUCAGGCUGCCAUCUUGUCUGGUGAUACUUCGUCCAAGUCGACCAACGAAAUCCUCCUGCUCGAUGUUGCGCCGUUGUCUCUCGGUAUCGAGACUGCUGGUGGUGUCAUGACUCCCCUCAUCAAGCGCAACACCACCAUUCCUACCAAGAAGUCCGAGACCUUCUCGACCUUCUCCGACAACCAGCCCGGUGUGCUCAUCCAAGUUUACGAAGGUGAGCGUGCUCGCACCAAGGACAACAACCUGCUCGGCAAGUUCGAGCUCUCCGGCAUUCCACCUGCUCCUCGCGGUGUUCCCCAAAUUGAGGUCACAUUCGAUCUGGAUGCCAACGGUAUCAUGAACGUCUCCGCUGUCGAGAAGGGCACCGGCAAGUCGAACAAGAUCGUCAUCACCAACGACAAGGGUCGUCUGUCCAAGGAAGAGAUUGAGCGCAUGCUGUCCGAGGCCGAGAAGUACAAGGCUGAAGAUGAGGCCGAGGCCGCUCGUAUCUCCGCGAAGAACGGUCUCGAGUCAUACGCAUACUCACUCAAGAACACUCUCUCUGACUCGAAGGUCGACGAGAAGCUUGAUGCCUCUGACAAAGAGAAGCUCAAGGCCGAGAUCGACAAGACCAUCUCUUGGAUCGACGAGAACCAGACCGCCACCAAGGACGAGUUCGAGGCGCAGCAGAAAGAGCUCGAAGGUGUUGCGAACCCCAUCAUGAUGAAAUUCUACGGUGCCGGUGGUGAAGGUGGCAUGCCAGGUGGAAUGCCCGGCGGUGGCUUCCCUGGUGCCGGCGGUCCUGGUGGAUUCCCUGGUGCUGGCGGUGCUGGUCACGGUGGCGAUGAUGGCCCAACUGUCGAGGAGGUCGACUAA